AUGUCUACUACCAAAAUCAUGAACAUGGCGGAGACCACGCCUAUCAUACCCAAGACUUGCAAGGCCGGCGUGGUUUGCAAUCCUGGUCCUGACUUUACUAUUGAAGUCCAAGAUUUGCCAGUACCAGAGAUCGGCCCAGAGGAUGUUUUGAUCAAACUCAAUGUCACGGGUCUCUGCAUGUCAGAUGUCCACUUCAUGAUGGAGGAUUGGGGCUUGCCUCCAAUGCAAGGUCUCCCGAUUUGCACAGAUAGAUGCGCAGGCCACGAAGGCGCAGGCGUCAUCGUCAAAGUCGGAGAAAGAGUAAAGAACCUCAAGAUCGGCCAAAGAGCAGGACUCAAGCCUAUCCAAGAUGUCUGCCACACCUGCGAAUACUGCAAGACCGGAAAGGAAACAUACUGUCUCAGCUGUGUGAUGACUGGUCUCCAUAUCGAUGGUUCUUACAAACAGUACAUCGUUUCUCCCGAACGCUACACCUCGCUCAUCCCCGAUGGCGUGACUGACGAGAUUGCUGGACCUAUAAUGUGCUCUGGUAGUACUGCAUACACCUCUAUCAAAGAAUCUGGUCUUCGACCUGGUCAAUGGGCUGUUUUCCCUGGUGGUGGCGGUGGUGUUGGUAUGCAAGCCGUGCAGUUGGCCAUCGCAAUGGGUCUGCGAGCAAUCGUGAUUGACACCGGAGCUGAAAGAAAAGAAGCUUGCUUGAAGUUUGGUGCAGACGAAUUCAUCGACUUCAAGGAAGUUGAGAGCCCCGUUGAGAGAGUCCUGGAGCUCACUAAUGGAGGCGCUCAUGCCGUGUUUGUCACUGCCGUUCAAUCGUACCCUAUCGCACAAGGAUUCCUCGGCCACCGCGCGGGAGCACAAGUCAUGUGCAUUGGCCUACCUCCUGCUGGAAAGUACAACAUGGAAGUCAAUCCGUCAACACUCGCCUUCCGCAACCAGUCCAUCAAGGGUACGCUCGUAGCUGGCAUGGCUGAUGUGGACGAGACCAUGGAUUUUGCGCGUCGAGGAAAACUCCGUCUCGAACCCACCGUGGUCGGUCUUUCCAAGUUCAACGAGUCUGUGCAGAAAUUGAAGAACGGACAAGUCGCAGGUCGCAUUGUUGUCGACUUCAACAAGGAUUGA